GAGAAAUACAGUGAACGGUUCCUGUGGACUUAGAGUGAGAGUUUAGCUGCAUGUUCACAUGAUUCUGCUAACUAUUAUGGCUUCAAAUGAAACUAAUGGGAUUUGGGAAAUACUUAAACCUAUUGAUUUUGAGGAGCUCAUCCUGGCGUUCUGCUUGUCGAUAUUAAUUGGUCUGCUCAUCGGGAUCUUGAUUUUCCUCCUCCUUACAUGGAUGUCCAGACGGAGAGCUUCGGUGAGGAUCACCGGAUGUCAAAACCAGUCCUCAGAAUCUAGGGGCUCACGUAAUCAGCACUGCCUCCUCAGACACUACAAGAGUCACGGCUUCGACAAGAACAGUGAAUAUGUGGGAAGAGUGGUUUUAAACCUUCACAGACAGACUUCCGUAGACCCCAAUGAGCUGCUGGGUAGAAGCCCUAGCUUUCAGAACUCCACGUUUCGGCCGCCACCAAAAAAGUCUAACAAGACUGGAAAUGAAACAGAGGAUGAAAACAAAACUGCAUUAAUUCCUAACAUCACAGAUCCAUUUAGUGCAGAACCAGCAGAGUCCUUCUGGCUGGGGAAGGGAAGUCUAAGAGGUUUUCUACCCAGACAGACUCCACCACCUGCUUAUGACAGUGUCAUCCACAUCUUUCAAGAGGCCUGUGCCUGACUGCACUGUGAUAAGAGACAAAGGACUUGUAUAUUGUAUAUAAAUCCCAAAACACGGCUUAAAUGUGA